CCUAUAGUUCAUAAAUAUUAUCAGUCAGGAGUCCUCACCGUUGCUGGCAUAAUUUCUCAGAUCUAUGUAAUUUCUGAUCCUGUAUCUUUCACAAAACAUCCAUAUCAGGAGCUAAUUGAUGACCUCAUGUUGCUGACUCAGAACUAUCAACACGUCCUGGCAUUGAUAUUUGCUGUAAAGGAGAUUACUGAAAAUUCCCAGAUUUUACCCAACAUCACCCUUGGUUUCAACAUCUAUAAUAAUUAUUUUAGUCCACGGCCUACCUAUCUCGCCUCAAUGGAGCUUCUCUCCACACCCGGCAAAUUCAUCCCUAAUUAUAAAUCUGAUCUGAAUAAUAACCUGGUAGCAGUAAUUGGGGGACCUAAUUCUGACAUAUUUCUCCACAUGACAACCAUCCUGGGCAUCUACAAGAUCCCACAGCUCAUAUAUGGCUCUGCUCCAGGGAUCAAUACCAAAAAUCAAGCUGUUUUUUUCCACUGGAUGUUUCCAAAUGGGGACCAUCAGUAUAGGGGGAUUCUCCAGAUAAUGCUUCAUUUCAGAUGGACGUGGAUUGGGGUGAUUUACCUUGAUACUGGCAGUGCAGCAGAGACAUUGCUACAGAAUGUAUUCCCCAUGUUUACUCAGAGUGGUAUCUGCUUUGACUUCAUAGUAAAACUGCCAGAUGUAUUUUCCAGUAACAUUGCUAGAGUGGUGGAGGAGGCACUUGAAAUAAUACAGGUCACCAUGAAAAGCACAGCCAAUACAGUGAUCUUUCAUGGAGAAUUUCAGACCAUGAUAACUCUGAGAAAUUUGCUUAAAAUGUCAGAAAUUGAGUAUAUACCAGUGAAGUCAAAGGUCUGGGUUAUGACAGCUGAAGUGGAUUUCACCUCACUUCCUCUUCAGAGGAGCUGGGACCUAGAUUCCAUCCAUGGCGCUAUGUCUAUAACAAUUCAUUCAAAGGAGGUAUCAUCAUUCCAGAAAUUUGUUCAGAUGAGGAACCCAAUACUGGAAACAGAAGAUGGUUUUCUGGGGGACUUCUGGCAACAGGCAUUUAACUGUUUGUUGCCCAGCUCUGGUAUAGGCAAGAUAAGUGGCAAUAUCUGCACUGGGGAAGAGAAACUGGAGAUUCUUCCUGGGUCUGUCUUUGAAACGAGCAUGACGGCCCACAGCUACAGCAUCUACAAUGCAGUCUAUGCUGUAGCACAUGCUUUGCAUGCAAUGCAUUCAUCCAUAUCAAAACAUAGAAUAAUGGUGAAAGGAGAAAGAUGGGAGCUUCUGGAUCAGCAGCCAUGGCAGCUUCACCACUUUCUGAGAAGUGUCUCAUUCAACAACAGUGCUGGAGAAAAGGUUUCCUUUGAUCAAAAUGGGGAAUUGGUUUCUGGAUUUGAUAUUAUCAACUGGGUCACAUUCCCAAACCAGUCCUUUCUUAGAGUCAAGGUUGGAAGGAUAGAUCCUCAGGCGCCCCCAGACAAACUGUUCACCAUUUCGGAGGAUGCCAUCUUAUGGCCCAGCAGGUUUAACCAGGUGUGUCCUGUUUCAUUGUGUAAUGACAAGUGUCAACCUGGUUAUAGUAAGACCAAGCAGGAAGGGAAACCAUUUUGCUGCUAUGAUUGCCUUCCAUGUCCAGAAGGGAAGAUUUCCGACAAAAAAGACAUGGAUGACUGCUUUUUGUGCCCAGAAGAUCAUUACCCAAACAAUGACCAGGACUUCUGCGUUCCAAAGUUUACGCAUUUCCUAUCCUAUGAAGAACCUUUGGGGGUCAGUUUGGCCACAUUGGCUCUUUCCUUUUCUUCCAUCACAGUUAUGGUGAUAGGAACUUUCAUGAAGCACCAUGACACACCUAUUGUCAAAGCCAACAACAGGAGACUUUCAUACACUCUCCUCCUGUCCCUCCUGCUCUGCUUCCUUUGUGUUUUCCUAUUCAUUGGCCAGCCCAAUAUGGUGACAUGUCUUCUUCGACAAACUGCUUUUGGCAUCAUCUUCUCUGUGGCUGUUUCUUGUAUGUUGGCCAAAACCAUCACAGUGAUUCUAGCUUUCAUGGCCACCAAACCAGGUUCCAAAAUGAGGAAAUGGUUGGGGGAAAAACUGGCUGCCUCUAUUGUUAUUUCAUCCUUUCUUGUGCAAACUACUCUUUGUAUUGGUUGGCUGGCAACCUCUCCACCAUUUCCAGAUGUUGAUAUGCAUUCAGAAAUAAAUCAAAUAAUCGUACAAUGUAAUGAAGGGUCCAAUGUAAUGUUUUAUUGUGUCUUGGGCUUUAUGGGCUUCUUGGCUACUGUCAGUUUCAGUGUGGCUUUCCUAGCCAGGAAGUUACCAGAUACUUUUAAUGAAGCCAAAUUUAUUACGUUCAGCAUGCUGUUGUUUUGCAGUGUCUGGUUGUCCUUUGUUCCAACUUACCUUAGCACCAAAGGAAAAUACAUGGUCGCUGUGGAGAUCUUCUCCAUCUUGUCAUCUGGUGCAGGGCUACUGGGUUGCAUCUUUUCCCCUAAAUGCUACAUUAUCAUGUUGAGACCUGAUCUGAACAAAAAGGAGCAACUAGUAAAGAGAAUAUUUUGA